CACGGCGAGGCUAAAGCAAGAUGGCGUCUGACGGUGAAGACGUUAUUGCAGUCGUCACAGUUCAGUGUUCUUAAUCUGUGCGUCCAUGUACACAUAUAUGUCCUUUAUUACACUCUAUUAAAUAGAGUAACAUCGUUAAUAACUGUUUGCAUCCGGUUAUAUUAGUCUGAGCGCACUUCUCCAGCUAGCUUAGCUUGCUAGUUAGCUUAGCUUGUUAGCUGCUAACAAAGAGAGAUGAAAACACAUCGCUAAGCAGAGAUCAAGUGUGAGUGUAAAGUGUUGUGAUUGUGUGAAAAUGUGCGAAAGAACCAUAGCAGAGUACGAGGAGGAACUUUGUCCAACAAAAGAGGAGAAGGAGCGACAACAUGAAAAACAUCAAGUUGUGUUACACACAACAGACAUCCAUCAGCUGAUUGGACACCAAGAAGAAUGUCUCCCUCAUCUGCAGGGGGACAGUUUCACUUCAGAGGAUCCACAGCCCUCACACAUGAAAGAGGAAGAGGAGGGAGAGUGUCCUGUAGGGCAGGAGGAGGAUGAUGUCAGCAAGUUUCCACUGACUGUUGUCUCUGUGAAGACUGAAGAGCAUGAAGACAAAGCACCUGAGUCCUCACAGCUUCAUCACAGUCCAAACGUUCAACAGCCCCUUCACAUUAAAGAGGAAGACGAUUAUCCACAGCCCACCUACAUUAAAGAGGAAGAGGAUGAUCCACAGCCCACCUACAUUAAAGAGGAAGAGGAGGAUCCACACAUGAAAGAGGAAGAGGAGGGAGAGUGUGUUGUAGGGCAGGAGGAGGAUGAUGUCAGCAAGUUUCCACUGACUGUUGUCUCUGUGAAGACUGAAGAGCAUGAAGACAAAGCACCUGAGUCCUCACAGCUUCAUCACAGUCCAAACGUCCAGCGGGUGUCAGCGGGGAGUCAUGAAGAGGAGUGGCACACCAGUGUGGGACAGAAGGAGCUACAGGCCCCCUCCCACAUUAAAGAGGAGCAGCUUCAUGAUGAAGAUGAAGCUCAGUCCUUACAGCUUCAUCACAGUCAAAGUGAGGAGAACAGAGGGGCGGAGCUUGUAAGUCAACACAUCACAGAAGCUGAUGGAGAGCAUUGUGAAGAUAUCAAGUCAGAACCAGACAGCAUCUUUGCUCCACUGUCAGACAUGGACCACAUGAUGUCACACUCUUCUGAUCACAGUGACCACAUCCAAAAACCUUUGGAGAGUAAAAAUGACUCUAAAGGUGAUACGAGACAUCACACUAACAACAAACACUUUGACUGCUCUGAAUGUGGGAAAUCAUUUAGAAAGAAGAGUCAUUUUACAGUACACAUGAGAACACAUACUGGAGAGAAACCUUUUAUUUGCUCUGUUUGUAAGAAGAGUUUCUCCAGAAAGGAACACAUGGCCACACACAUGAGAACACACACUGGAGAGAAACAUUUUACUUGCUCUGUUUGUAAGAAGAAUUUCUUCCAAAAGGGUAACAUGGCCACACACAUGAGAACACACACUGGAGAGAAACCUUUUACUUGCUCCGUUUGUAAGAAGAGUUUCUUCAGAAAGGGUGACAUGACCACACACAUGAGAACACACACUGGAGAGAAACCUUUUACUUGCUCUGUUUGUAAGAAGAAUUUCUUCCAAAAGAGUAACAUGACCACACACAUGAGAACACACACGGGAGAGAAACCUUUUGCUUGCUCAGCUUGCACGAAAAGAUUCAACCAUAAGAAUCACAUGAUAUUACACAUGAGAACACACACAGGAGAGAAACCUUUUGCUUGCUCAGUUUGUGCUAAAAGAUUCAACACUAAGAAUGAAAUGAUAUUGCACAUGAGAACACACACAGGUGAGAAACCUUUUACUUGCUUUGUUUGUAAGAUGAGUUUCUCCAGAAAGGAACAAAUGACCAUACACAUGAGAACACACACUGGAGAGAAACCUUUUUCUUGCUCAGCUUGUGCUAAAAGAUUCAACACCAAGAAGGAAAUGAUAUUGCACAUGAGAACACACACAGGUGAGAAACCUUUUACUUGCUCUGUUUGUGAGAAGAGUUUCUCAGGAAAGCAAAACAUGACCACACACAUGAGAACACACACUGGAGAGAAACCAUUUGCUUGCUCUGUUUGUAAGAAGAAUUUCUCCACAAAGCGUGACAUGACCACACACAUGAGAACACACACUGGAGAGAAACCGUUUAGUUGCACUGUGUGUGGUUAAAUGUUCAGGUUUAAGUAUCAGGCCAGUAAACACAAGUGUGUAACAGUCAUGGAAGCUGCAGGGAUGUAAAAACAGUUAAAGAGUGAUUGUGCUAAAUGUAGUUUAAAAACACAGCAUGUUUAAUAUGAAUGUAUAUUUGAUGUUGUAUGUAGUGCUUCUCAUCUUCUAGUCUUAUAUGUUGUCCUGUACUUACUUUUUAAGUUGUGUGCAUGUAUUGAGUAUUAUAUAUGUAGCUACUGUUAAGUUCCACUCUUCUACUCCAAAAAGGACCCAAGGACAACUAACGAUUUCCAAUUGAUCAACUUUUUAUUUUCCAACUUGAAGCAUUGUUGGUUUAAUUUCAGUUGAUCUUCAAAAUCAUCAGUAGGUUGUAAACCUUUAAACCACAAAAACAGAGAUGUUAACAAUGUGAUUACACAGCUAUUUUCCAACAAUGUUUUACAAAUGCUUUUAAACCGCUGAAUAAUGUUUUAAACUUUAAACAUUAAACCUUAAGCUUUGACUUUAAACCUUUUAACUUUAACCAUUUGCUAUUUUAACUUAAGCUUUAAACCUUUUAACAUUUUAACUUCAGCUUUAAACUUUUACAUGAGCUUUAAAGUGGUCAAACACAGUAUGCAAUCAAUGCUCAAAUGUAAUGCAGUCAUUUAAGUUGAAGGCAAACAAAUGAGGAUAGUUCAGUAAGCAAUUUAACAAGCUUGCAGGUUCAAGUUAAGCAUAUCAAACAAACAUUUCCAUGGUCAUCAAAUGAAGCAUAUUCACUGACCAUUGGUGUGUUUGGAGAAACUUGUUGAGUGGAUCUUGCGGUUGUGGCUGCUAGCUGUUCUUCCUUCCAUGUUGUUUGUUUGGUGAAUGAGUCUGACUCACCUCCUUCCUUUUCACCUGCCUUCAAUUAGUCAUUUGGCGACCAUUUUACCUCAGCAUUCUGGAAAUUGUAGUUUUCACUGAUUUUGACCAUGUAGGGCUUGGAUUACUGCCACUUCUGAGUUUUUGACUCCACAGCUACUAUUUUAUUGUAUUUUGUCAUUGUUAAAGAGAGGACAUCUUAUUAUUUUCAUUUGGGGUUUUUUCACACAUUUUUUCCAUUGCAUUUUAUUGAUGUUAUUAUGCAAUUAAAAGUAUGAAUGAAUAAAAUGGUUAACAAAAUGUGGACUCUGGUAGAUUAGCAGCAUUGUUACAUCAUGGAUGUUAACUACUGCAAAACAUCAACAAAGAAGAAAAAUGCUGAAGUUAGCAACACAUCACUGAACUUUAGAGCCAUCGUGAGUGGAGUUGCUUGUUUUUAUUGCUGCAUUUGUACUUAUUUCACCUCACAUCUUCACUUUUAACCCUAAAGUCUUCUUCACAUAUAUUGUUGUAGGCUUCUAGCAUUUAUGUUUCUGAUGUGUGUGUGUAGUCUGUGGAAAGGGUUGUUGUCCCUUGUGGAUCCAAUUGUUCACUUGCACAGAUACAUCUUCAUCAUCAUUAGUUUAUUAUUGUUCUUCGGUCAAUGGUCAACAAAAUAAACAAACAGUUGUACAUUCAUAGAUUGAAAAUGAAAAUGUUGCAGAGCGAAAGUGUUUAGGCUGAAGUUGAACACUUAUUUUGCCUAACCCUAUAAACAAUGUCAAGUACAAGAUGAACUUCCGAAAAUGAUGAAAUGUUCUUUGUACAACAUAUUCUAAAU